GAAAUACUUUAGCGGAUUUUCUAUUGCUGUGUGUCUGGAAAGAAUAAUAGAUUAGUGCACGAAUUCUUAAUAUUAGUAAAUUUCAUGUAGAUUUAAUUGUAUUACAUUGCAGUUUACGUGUUAAUAAGUUGUUUUGAACAAAAUUGUGAUCUAUUUGUGUGCGAUAAUGUAGAUCAAAGUGGUGCUACGCUUGAUGAAUUACCAAACGAUAGCUGAUAUCAAAGCCUGGGUGUAGUUGUAGUUUACGGAACGAAUUGAGAAACGGACAAUUUUUGCAUUUUUCUUUUGGAUUCCUUUUAAAUGGAAUAGCUUGUUUCUUUGCUUGUGAAAUAGAGCGCAAUAAUGGCCUAUAUAAAUGUUGUUGAAUGGACGCCAGACCAAGUAACCGAUUGGUUAAAAGGAUUAGAUGAAUCAAUGGAGCAUUAUAUUAGCUCUUUCACCAACAAUGAGGUCGGUGGGCGUCAGCUUCUGAAUAUACGUCCUUACGAACUAGAGCAGCUUGGCAUGUAUUCUAUUGGACAUCAGGAAAUUGUAUUGGAAGCAGUAGAAAAUUUACGUAAUUUCUAUUAUAAUUUGGACAAAGAGAAUCUGCAAUUUAUGGCACUGCAUGUGGCUACGGCUGCGCAUAGUCUGCAUCGCCAAUUAGUCACACAUAGUGAUUCCUCCAAAAUAGAGACACAAAUUUUGAGUGAUAUUACGCGUACUAUUGGUACAAUAAAACCGCUCAUCGGAUGGCUGGAGCGUGCCCCCUUUCAAGGCCAAGUACAAUUUACAGAAAUUUGUAAAAAUUUACUCCGGCUUGGCCUUGAAAUGGCGACAAUGGCACAACGCGAUCGCUUCGUCGAACGACCGGUAGAUCAGAUACGCGGAAGUGCAGAGAAACUUGAGCGACUUGCCAAUUAUAUCAUACAAGAUAUAUCGGAUCCAAUGCUUCUACAACCGGCAUCAUUAAAUCUCGUCACUGUAAAAAAGCGUGAAAUGGAUCCCGGCUUUGAGAUCGAGUCAAAUUUCCAUGGUGUUCAUCGUAUAACCGAAAUAAAAUAUAAUUCACCAGCGCACACUUCUGGUAAAAUAGAAUACGGCGACGAAAUCAUACAAAUUAACUAUCAGACGGUAGUAGGAUGGCAAGGUAAAACGGUAUGGCACCAACUGCAUGUUUCACCUACUGAUGUAUUAUUAACAUUGAAAAAAAGGCCGAAACAUAUGAAAAUAUAUGGGCAAAUUUAUAUGCAACCAUACCGAUUGCCAAGCAAAAAACGCACAGUUGGUUCCAGGUGGGGUGAAAAUGUGCCCCCUGCAAGAACAGGAUUUCUUACUGUGCCUAAAAAUCCAGCUGCUUUUGAGAUAUUAUCACUUAAGUCUGAAGAAAAAGCCGCAACAACUGCUUCAGAUACAGAGUCCAACUGUAGUGACACAUCAUCACCCACAGAGACCAAAACAUCUGAGAAACGUAGUCGUUUGUACUAUGAAAAACCACGCACAGUAUUACAGCGUCGACACACAAUCAGCGGUGACCUAAAAUGUGGUAAUGAUGUGUUUCAGCAUCGUAAACCAAACGCUGGUGUUGCAAUCGAUCCAUCGUCACCCAGUUUGCGCGACAAAUGCAAAUCAUUCGGGUUCGGUUUGGAAUUAACAUCACGGCCGAAGACUUGCAUAGGCAUAGGGAGUAAAAAUGAUGGCACAACCGAACUACAGGACGUAUUUAACAAAUCUAAGACUGCGGAAGGAGGAGAAAAUAGUGAAAAUACUAUUGACCGUUCAAAACCAGGUGUGAGUAAGGUUGUACGCUUUGACGCAAAUAUGAAAUAUGAAGACUAUCCAGUAGAUCAGAAAUAUACCUGUAACGUUGAAAAUACCAUAUUAGAAACUUUCGAACCAAUACUCUUUGCCGAUGAAGGCGAUGAAGAUGUUUUGGAUAUGCAACGGAAUGCUGCGUCUGAAGAUAAAACUUCUGCACCGUAUACGACAACUCCCACAACGACACCAACCACUCCCAAACCGCCAGCACCACUGCCUGACAUCACUGCUGCAAGUCAGGUGGUCGAAACAGUAAAUGCUCCAAUUGUAGCCCGUCGAGGACGUCUUGACAAAAGCCACAGCACGCCAGCUUACGACAACACAGGUGUUGAAUGCGAUACACCGCCCGCUAUUGAGCCACGUAAAGAAUUUCUACAACAAACGCCUCCUGUGCCACCGCCCCGUCCACGUAAACAGAAAGACAUGUCGCCUCAGCCAGUACCACCACCACCACCGAAGCCACCAAGCUUAAUGGGCACAGCAUUGCAAUCGUCGUUGAACACAAAGCAGAAUACAUCAACUUUUAGCACAGAAGGGAUAAAGAUUAAUUUGCCUUCGAUGUCAUUAUUAUUGAAUUCGCCAACAAAUGUCUCCAAUACCAAUAUCAAUCUGUCUAAUACUCCAACUCAAGUUAAUGAAUUGCAUACUCCGACAAAGAGUCGCACUUUGUCGCUGAAAAAGAAAAAUAGUCUGGUGGUUAAAAGACGCAAUGUUAACUUGAAGGUGCUCGGUACAGGUGACAUACAAGGACACUUGUACAGACGCACGAAAGAUAGACGCGGUGUUACCUUUUGGGCGCGUUUGUAUUUUGUAAUGUUAAAUACCAUACUCUACGGUUUUCGAUCCAAGGAAGCAACAAAGGCGAGUUGCGUAAUUUUUCUGCCCGGAUUUACUGUAUCAUUGGCCAAGGAAGUCCAUUCGAAGCCACAUGCUUUUAAGGUUUAUCAUGCCGCAAAAACAUUUUACUUUGCAGUCGAAUCGCAAGACGCUCUAAAUCAGUGGGUAGAAUUGCUCAGGCAGGCCACGUUGCAUACGCUGCCAAACGUGCGCAAUCUUGGACAAAGCUCAUCUGGCAGUGCCAUAGAUAAUAUAAACACGAAAGAUCUUUUCUCCGAAACUGAUAGUUCUGGCGAGGAAACUGAAUCAAUAAUAUCAAGUAAUCUAUGCACGCCAUCACCACAAUCCAUCGGCAAGGAUGUUAUUACAAAUUUUACAUCCGCCACAUCCACGCCCGUUGCGGCACAGCCAAAACAAGAACGCAGUUAUUUGGGAUCUUUGCGAAAAUUGACUAAAGGCACAUUGCCGUUCAAAAGCAGCACUUCGUCGAGUGAGAAAAAACAUUCAAGUGACAUUCCUGUGCCUACAGAUCAGUAUCGUAGUUAUCGUAAAGUGCCAGGUGGCAGUUUUGGUUUACAAAUUGGCACCAAUACGCCUGGCUAUCGGCCUGAAUUGGAUUUUCUAAUUCAGCCACCAAAUGUCAUGAGUAUUUCAGGGGCACAUUUGGCACCUACCACUUUGGCACCACCACUACCACCACAAGCGUCGUCAUCAUCAUCGUCAACACCGACACUGCAUGAUGUAGUUCGUAAGCUUUCACUGUCUUCAAGCCAUGUUUCCAUCGUAAGCAAUGGGACGGAUUUUUCUGUGAAUUCUUCCGUAGUGUCCACAUCAUGCUUGGGACCGCCCUCAUCGCCCGCACCCGUGCCUGAACGCAAUGUUUCAUAUUCUAUGAAUCAGCAUCCUCAGUCACCUGGCGCACUGAGCAACUCGACAUCAACUUCCAGUAUAUCAUCCAGAUCCAUGCGAAAGAUACCAUACAAUUUUAUACAUGCAUCCAAUCCGAAUUUAGUGGAAUUUGAUUUCCAGACUUCAAAGACACUCGACUACUCGUUACCCAAAAUCAACUCGGCAAAUUCAUGGGAUGCACAUCAUAAUACACAGAGCUUUAUAACGUUGAAAGAUCUUAUGCUACGCAAACAGGAAGAAGAAGCUCAGGAGAUGUAUAACAAUCGUGUGCUGCUGGGGGUGGAAAAGAAAGAUAUUCUACAGCGUGCUGCUGCCAUUGGUGGCGGUGGAGAAUGUAAUGACAGCUGCGGUGGCAGUAUAAGUAGUAAGCUCUCCAAAACCCAGAGCCGGAGUUUACCGAAAACCCCCGAUUAUGAAAUAAGUUUUAAACCGACUGAUGAGGAUAUUCGCCGUACACGCACAAAGGAAGGUCUAAAAUUACGAGACUUUGGAUAUGAAUUGAUAUCUGGUGAUGAACCUAUAAGCGGUGCUACAAGUUCACUAACGGCAUCACGACAGAACUCUAAUAUGUCGUCAGCGAGCAGUAAUGCGGACCACCACUCGGAGAUCAGCAGUAUAAUAAGCAGCAAGUCCCGUUCCUUCGCUCUAUUGCCGCACAAAAGUAAGAAACAUUCAAGCAAUAGUUGCUCAUCAACAUCUUCCAUUGUAGAGCUCGGUAAUAUGGGUGAAAAACGUUCCGGCAGUAUUAAGAAGAAGAGUAAAAGCGAACGUAUCUUUCAACAGUUCCACAAGCAUACAGGAGGCAACAGCAGUGGCGGCAGCUCAGCAAUGACUAUGACUUUGCCAUUAAAUAAGCAUAAAAGUAGUCAACGAGACAUGGAAUUAAGCAAUGCGGCUUCUGGUUCAGGCAUUAAAAAGAGCCAUACCUACAAUCAUGAUUUGAAGGAAAAAGCCGGUGCUAAGUACGAUGCGCACCGUAAGAACUCCGUACCAAUUUUAACGAAAUUGAGUACUACAUUUGGUGUUGGUGGUAGUAGUAAUGCUUCUGGAUCAAUUAACAAUAGCACGGCAUCAGUUAGUGGUAGUAAGAGUGGCAAAGAGAAACGACUUUUGGGUUCACCUUUGUUACAUCGCACGGUGUAUGGCACGCAACAGCAUAAUCGCCAGCAACACCAACAUAUGAGUGGCAUUUCGAUGCCAACAACACCUACAUGUACUGGUCGUGAGUAUGAUCGGGAAAUAUUCACGCAAAUAAUAUUUCCAAAAGUGAAUACUGCACAUCACCAUCAUCAUUCGCAGCAAAGCAAUCACUAUCAAAGUGAUCGCAGUAAUGCCAGCAAUCCACGACAUAUUCAUGUGACGACAUCGCAAAGCAGUUCAGUAAUUACACCUCCUGAUGUAGAGGCGCCACCGCCGCCUUCGCACCAUGAGCGCGAUAAUAACGGCAACAGAAGUCUGAAAGAGAUGAUUGCUACUGCUACUGCGGCAGUGACGACAAUCAACUCGCCUGAAUAUCCCCAUAUGGAAUGUCCUCCGGUAUUCGAGCCCGAAAUAUACUCAUUAACCGAUACCCAUGCCAACCAAACUCUAUUACUACGUCGCAAAGACAGCGGCAGUAAUGGUGUUGAUAAGCAGCAGUAACAAUACAAAUUAUUUAUACUCAUACACAUACUACAAAUGAAUAUGAUGAUCGUUGGUAUAUUGAGUAACCCAAGCGAUAUCUUAAGAACAAUUAGAGAUCGUCAAGUAAUAUAGUGUCUUCCCUUAGUUAGUUUUACGUUUUUUAACCUUAAGUUCGAGAGUCUUGUAAAUUGAAUAUUUUUGAACAUAGUUAUAGUCAAAUAAAGUACAUAUAUAUAUAUACUAUUUUACGUAUAAUAUAUUCCGAUAAAGUAUCCAAAAUGCUUUAAAUUUAUUAAUAUACAUAUAUUUAAAUACAAAGUACCAUAAA